GGGCGGCCCAGGGCGGCCCCCGUGGGAGGGGAAGCUAAAAAGGGGCUGGUGAGGUAGGGGCAGGCCCGUAGCGGGUAGGAGUAGACCCGUGUCUGAGAGAGGGCGAGGUCAGGGAGCUGCGGAGGAGAAGCGCUGGUAUUUGCAGUUGUGCUUUCGGGUGAGAUGAGAGCAGGAUUCCCCCCUGCCUGGAGAUUUUGGUCUUUCAGAGAAGAUAUCUCACGUGGUGGGCAAAUCAUGGGGCUGAGGGCACUGUUACCCUGUGGCCUGCGACUGUUAUCUCUAGCAGGUGCCCCCCGGUCCCUCUUCUCUCUUCAGGAGGGAGCAGAUCCCAGAGCAGUGAAGCAUUGCAGGCUUGUGAGAUCUGUGGCUGUGGAGAGUGGAAUGAGCAAGGCGGCCAGACCGUGAGCCUUGGCAGAGCUGUGUUUCUCAGUAGCUUUGUCUUUUGAUCUCGUUAUUUAUUGAAGCUGCGCUAGAAACCCACGUAAAGCGUGUGUAACUUUCAAAAAAACCUUCCGUUGGCAGCCCCUAGGAGAAUGGCCCAUCCAUGGUGGGUGCUUUUGCAGUUGGGGGUGAGCUGGCUCCAGCGUGGUCUGACCACACAAGCACCAGGGCUGGAAUGAGAGACAAGGGUGAGAGGGUGGCAGCAGGCAGCCUUGUCUUACAUCAGUUUAAGAGCCAUUUAAACUGUUAAGGAGCAUUACCCUGGUGUAAAUCCUUGAGCAGCCCCUGAAUUCAACACACUUCUGUGGGGAAUGGCAGGGGCCUCUGUCGGGGCUCCUGCAUCAUCAGUAACAUAGUUACCAGAGUUCUGCUUCCAGAAUCAGUUGAUGUAGGACUGAAAGUACAGACCCAGUGUAGGUUGCAGUUAGGUGAAUUGGGAAGGUCACAGCAGUAAAGAAAUCAUUUCCUUGUGUGCAGGCUGAGUGUGUAAACAUCUCCAAAUGUACUUUUUGUAAGCCAGUUCCAGCAAAAAGGCUUAAAACAUUUGGCUCUCUUUCAAGUCCUCAUUGGUUAGGAGCUAGGUUAUCAGACUGCUACACUCUGCAGGACUAAAUCCACAUUUAAUUUAUUUCUAUUUGUCUUUUGUUUCUCUUUGAAGCGCUUGAGCACUUGUAGCUAAAUUGCAGAACUCUAGGCAAGCACUAUCUAGUGAGGACUGCUCAUGACUUCAUAUGUUCUUGUAUAGGUUUUGUAUGUACAUAGCUUAUUGCUGAGGUAUUUUCUUCCUUCAGUGUGGUUACAGCAUUAUUCUGAAAGUGCUGAUUUUUAUUAUUUGGACAGAAUGACAAGAGGAAGCAGCAGAACUGCCUGGGUUUUAUCCCUGGAGUAGGUAACCCCCCUCGCCCUUUUUGAAAGCAGUAAGUAGUCAAAGAAACAGAAAGACAAAAGGUAUUCCUUUAAAUCUGUUGGUGAAAGAGGACAGGAAAUACCUUUCCUUAGUCCAGAUUCUCCUGCUGUGUGAGAGUUAAAUGCAGGGCUUUCAAGUCAAAAGAUUCAGGGUAGUGUGUGUCUUCACUAAGAGGAAAACGGGUUUUGUUUGUGAAUACUUUUAAACUAUUGAAUUUUACGGGAAGGUUCUUUUAUCUUCUGAUCUUUCAUUAUAAUAUGUGUUUUGCAUGAGUGUGUUAGUGACUAAUAUGCUGCUGAAUGUCCUCUUAGCUCCCUGAGUUACUCUUCCGUUGCUCAAUUUUUCCUAACCCGAAAAAGACUUUUUAUUUGUUUAGUGUCUUUGAAGGACAGAGGUGGGGGUUGAGACACUGGCAGGGUCUGUGUGGCUUUAUUUAAUACCUAAAGUGUGUUCUGUACUUUAAGGUCGUAAAGAAUGUAAUUUGUGAAUACUGGUGUCUGGUGUUAGAGUGACUGAUUUACAGCAGCUUUGGAGGAGAUGGUACAGACUGCGUUGAUGACUGGGGCUUGUGUUAGUCCUGCUUGAUAAAGCCAAACAACCUCGUGUGUGAGAACGCUUGUGGAGUGAGGAACCGGUUGUUAUUGUAUGUUGUUAAGACCUAAAAUGGUCAGGAGUAGAGGUAACGGAGAUCAAGGAGUUAAAAUCGUUGUGCCUCAGCUAGCAUUUUUUGCCCUCCCUGUUAUAUUACUGCAUCUUUGGAAAACAGCUGAGUUUCUUUUAUUUAGGAUGUUGUUUUUGCUGGCAGGGUGGAGUGGGUUCCUGCUGAUUUCUUUUCUGAAAGGGCUGAUCAAAGGGCACCAGGAUCCGAUGAACUUCAGAAUAGGCUUCUAGAGCUGUAAGCAGAAGGCGCAGGGUCGCUGAGAUACAGGAACCGACAGCAACAUGGAUGACCAUUCCCCUCAUGCCUCUGGGCUUUGUCUUUGUCGUGAAUUUAAACCUACUGUUCAUAAUGCAGUUCCUAGGGCCAAAAGGCUGUUGGAUUCCACAGAGCAGGUUCAGGCCUUGCAGUCAGCUAAGAAAGCUUGUGUGUUGAGUCAUCACUGUAGCACUCCAGAUCCAUCAGAGAAACUACUGCUCUGUUCCCCAGAUUCUGCCUGCUUUCAAGGAUCCUCUCGUUUUCUGGAUGAUACUGGCCAUGACGACCUUGUUGCCAGUUCUUCUGCGUCAAAAUACAAUGAUGUAGUCAUUUCUCUAGAUACAACCAGAUGUUUUGAUGAUAGUGAGCCAAAUGACUCCUUGUUGGAACUGUCAGACAGAGAAGAAGGGAAUUCUCCUUUCAGUUACACUGAGGAAGAGAUCCAGGAAAUCUUGGCAGAUGAUUGCGUGGAAUCUGAGUGGUACCUAACUAGAAAAAGCACUCUGAGCCAAAAUGUAAAUGGAGAGAGUGAGAAGGAUGAGAGCAGCAGCUGCACUGGGGCAUCAGUUGUCAGCGAAGAUGCAAAUGAAGCCUCAGAGAAUGCAGAGAAACCAAAUGUACAUCUGUCCAGAGAGUGUUCUUCAGUCAGUUCUGAAUGUUAUCCUAGCCUUUUGAAUGAAAGUGCUAGUUUGGAUGAGAACCAUCUGCAGUCAGCCCAAGUAACUCGCAUGCUGUUUGACCUUGACAUUCAGGAGCUUCUGAGUCUUAGCCCAAUUGAUGCUGACUAUGUAGAUCAGUCUCUGGAGGACGAUUGUUUGGAGGGAGCCGAAAGAGAAGCUUCAGAAGCAAUCAUAAAUUAUUGCCUAGAGUAUGAUAAAACUGUUAGGAGCUGUGUUCUUGAAGAAACCUCAGAGGGGCUGAUGUCUAAUGGCUGGCAAAGCCUGGGUGUGGAUUGCCUGGGAAAGACUCCCUUUACAAGCAGAGAUGUGUCUAACUUCUGUGGUGAUCAUGCGGAAGGAUCCAUGUCUUCUGACCUUGCCUGUGGCCAGAGCGCAGCUGGUGAGAGUUCAGCGCCUGUGUUGCUGAGGUGUCCCACGCCAUCUUCUGGGUCCAGAAACGAAGAACUUUCCAAAGCAACAAAGAGCUGUUUUUUGAGGAAAUUAGACUCUCCAGAGGAUGAUGAGGGGGAAUCUACGGAAGCUGAACAGCUAUCAAACAGCAUUAAAACUGAAUCAAGGGACAUGCAUUUUGGAAGCGGAGCUUGAGCAGAAGAAGCAUUUAUUUCCAGAGUGUGUACAUCCAUAUCAAGAAAACUGUAGCUCCUACACCAGGAAACCCCAAGGUGGGAUGAGGUGAGGCUGUACUGGUGGGGUGGGCAGAGUGGAGGAUAGAUAUCCUAGCAGGAGGCCUGGCAUGCUGAACUUGUAUUCUUUGAC